AUGAAGAAGGAAAAUCCUGCUCCAUGCAGCUUUCUCCCUCUCAUGGACGGUGAACAAAGCAACCUUCGCGCCUUCAUGAAUCUUCUCCUCGUCACCUUUUCUCUAGCCGCCGCUUUCGUCGUAAUUUACUUCUGUAUGUCAAAAAUCUGUCGCCGGCAGCGAGGUCGUGACGUGUUUCUAGAGUUCAACGGCGAGGCGGCGAUCAGAGCUGAUGUGGCGGUGUCCAUUGAGGUGUCGAGAGUUCAGCUGAUACCGCCGUCACGUAUUUUUAGGAAGGUAGACGUGGCUGGUGGUGAAGCGUGCGGUGGCAGUGCCGGCGGCGGUGGCGGAGGAGAGGAGAGGAUGUGUGCGGUGUGUUUGUCGGAGUUUGAGGACGGCGAAAAAGUUCGGUUUUUGCCGGAGUGCGGACACUGCUUCCAUGUGGAGUGUAUUGAUAAGUGGUUCCGGCGGAAUUCUACAUGCCCAAUGUGCAGACAGGCGCUUACCCUAUUGCGAUAG